UGUAACCGCUUACUUUCCCACUCAUUUCGCCAUUUCUCUCUCGCACACAUUCAUCUCAUCUGCGAUUCUUCCAUCUCUCAUGCUUCCUUUCGCCAUACUCCAAUUUUUUCCCAGAAAACUCACUGCAUUUUCGCUCUCUUUCUCAUCCUUUUGUUUCUCUGGAUCAAGUGCAUGGAGAUACUGCUGGUUCCUCUCUUGUAUUUUGUUCCAAUAUUCGUAUCAGAGGACAGAGAAGAAACCACCAGCCAUCUAUGGAUUUUUUGAUCGUCAUGUCCACCAGUUUCAGGAUCGGGUUGAUAUUAUUCCAAAUGGUCAUCAUUUUAGUGCAGCGCUAGAGUUUACUUCAAGCAUUGCUUGUGUCAGUGUCUCUGUCAAUUCAAUUUCCUGUCAACCUCAUUGCAUUCAAUAAGCUCAAAUGAGAGGGUAGAGCAAGCAAGUAUGCUACCUAGGACAAGUAUUGAUGGUUUUCGUGUUAGUGUGUCAAGUACACCUAGCUGUUCAAGUGGGGGAUCGGGACCAGAGGACAUCGAGUCUCUAGGUGAUCUUUAUAUAUGGGGACAAAUUUGGGCAGAUGUUUCACCUGAUAGUUUUGGGACUCAGCUCCCUCCCAUGACUGAUGUUUUGCUUCCUAAACCGUUAGAGGCAAAUAUUGUUCUUGAUGUUCAACAGAUUGCAUCUGGUGUCCACCACAUUGCUUUAGUUACAAGGCAAGGUGAAGUUUUCACUUGGGGAGAGGAAUCUGGGGGAAGACUUGGUCAUGGAAUCGAUAAAGAUUUUGGUCAACCCCAUCUUGUUGAGUUCUUGGCGGUUACUAAUGUGGAUUAUGUUGCAUGUGGAGAGAACCAUACAUGUGCUCUGACUACAUCAGAUGAGCUAUAUUCUUGGGGUGAUGGUGCAUAUAAUGUUGGACUUCUUGGCCAUGGUUCGGAUUCUAGCCAUUGGAUACCAAAGAGAGUUAGUGGCCCUCUAGAAGGACAUCAAGUUAUAUCUGUUGCGUGUGGCACAUGGCAUUCGGCAUUGGCAACUGCCAAUGGAAAACUUUUUACGUUCGGUGAUGGAACAUUUGGUGUCUUAGGUCAUGGAGAUAGAGAGAGUGUGUUAUAUCCAAAGGAAGUGCAAUUAUUAAGUGGAUUGAGGACUCUUAAAGUUGCAUGUGGAGUAUGGCACACUGCAGCUAUUGUAGAGGUAACACUUCAGUCUAGUUCAAAUGUUUCAUCAAGGAAGCUCUUCACUUGGGGUGAUGGUGAUAAGUAUCGUUUGGGGCAUGGAAACAAGGAAACAUACCUUCAACCGACUUGUGUCUCAUCUCUUAUAGAAUUAAAUUUCCACCAGAUAGCAUGUGGAAACACUAUGACUGUUGCCCUCACUACAUCGGGUCAUAUUUUCACUAUGGGAGGCACUGAACAUGGUCAACUAGGAAAUCCUUUGUCCGAUGGAAAAGUACCAAUGCUAGUACAAGAUAAGUUGGUAGGUGAGUAUGUUGAGGAAAUAUCAUGUGGAUCUCAUCAUGUGGCUGUAUUGACAUCAAGAAGUGAACUAUAUACAUGGGGGAAAGGUGCCAAUGGAAGAUUGGGACAUGGAGACACAGAAGAUAGGAAGGGUCCAACAAUAGUGGAAGCCUUGAAAGAAAGGCAUGUAAAAAACAUUUCGUGUGGGUCGAAGUUUACAGCUUGCAUAUGCAUCCAUAAAUGGGUCUCGGGAGUUGACCAAUCUAGUUGUACCGCAUGUAGGCAACCAUUUGGAUUUACUAGAAAAAGGCACAAUUGUUAUAAUUGUGGGUUAGUGCAUUGCCAUGGUUGUAGUUCAAAAAAGGCAUUGAGGGCAGCGUUGGCUCCAACACCUGGAAAACCUCAUCGUGUGUGUGAUUCUUGUUAUACUAAGAUUAAAAAUGUUGAGUCGAAUUCUGGUGCCAUUUUUAAUAGGAGAGCUACUACGCCACCUCGUACUUCUAUAGAUGGAAGGGAAAGAUUUACCCUGGGAGAAAUAAGAUCUUCAAGAACUCUCUUCCCUCUCUCAAGGAUUCACAAGACUACUACAGAGCAAGUUGUUCAGGUUCCAUCACUAGUGCAAUUGAAAGAUGUUGCAUUCCCAAGUUCAACAGGUUCAAUAAUGCAAAAUCUUUUGAAGCCUACCAUCGCUGCCAUACCUCCAACUCCAAGUCCACCACCAACUCCACCACUCAUUUCAAGGCCCGCAUCCCCGUAUGCAAGAAGGCCAAGCCCUACGCGUUCCGGCGCUGGUGGAUUCUCUAGAAGUCUUAUUGAUAGUUUGAGGAAAACAAAUGAGCUUAAGAAUCAAGAAGUGUCAAAAUUGCAGAAACAAAUUCAAAGUUUGAAACAGAAAAGUGACAUGAAAGAUGUGGAAAAUCAAAAGCUUCGCCAACAUAUUAAGGAAGCUACAACAUUGGCAGCAGAUGAGUCUUCUAAGCAUAAAGCAAUGCUAGAAAUUUUUGAGUGCACUAUUAUUCAGUUGAAGCAAAUGGCUGAGAAGUUGCCACCAGAGAUUUCAGAAACUGAAAAUUUGAGAAUUGCACUUACUCAAGCUGAAGAUUUUCUGAAAGAAAACUCGACAUCUGAAACAUUUUCCGCGCCAUCAAUAUCAGAGUCUACUCGACAAAAUGCACCUGAUCCUGCCACAGAUAUUGGGGAUUCAAAAAUGCAAGAGCACAAUACAGAAGAAAAUCAUGAAGCGGCGGUUUCGGACCCAUCUCAUGAUGAGGGGAAUGUCCUUCAAGAAAGAAAUGGAUCAUCUGUAUCCGAUAAUAGAACAGCAGUGAAACCACAAAGCUCCGAGGAGACGUCAAGGUUGGCAAGAGAUGGAGAAACACAAGUUAUUGAACAAUUUGAGCCUGGUGUUUACGUGACACUAAUAGUAAGGCCUAAUGGUGUCAAAAUUUUCAGGAGAGUUAGAUUCAGCAAGCGAAGGUUUCAUGAGCAACAAGCAGAAGAAUGGUGGAACAUAAAUAAAGAGAGGGUGCUUCAGAGAUAUGGUCAACAAGCUAGAAGUGAUGCUAAUGCAUCAUCUAGCACCCCGGCACCACCUGCUGAAGAAAAUAUUGAGGCAGCACCUACCUAGCACUUGAAUCUUAAUUAGAUUUGCAUAGACAUCACCUUAGUUUUGAUGAAAGUACAAGGUUUUGGAACAUUCCCAGAGAAGGAGUUUCAAAGCAAAAAGGCACAAAAAUCAGAAGUUUUAGGCAAAAUUCAGCAAUAAAUAUUCAACCAAAAACUGCAAAAUAUACCAUAACAGAUAAACAAAGUUUUAGGCUUAUUAUACCUUAUGCCAAGUUGCAAAUUAAGAUUGAGAACCAUAGAAGCCACCACCACCGUCUUCAGUCAGUACUCAGCAGCAACUCAUCUCUUCUCUCUUCUCUGAGAACCAUAGAAGCCACCACCACCAAUCGAGCAGCCCACCGCCACCGCAUCCUGCAGCCACCGCGUCCCACAGCCACCGCGUCCUGCAGCCACAGCAGCGACGGGUUUGACCACCGCAGCCACCACCACUACAUUUGAUGCAUACGUCGUUGGCAAAGAAGAUGCUCCUGGAAUUGUUGUUCUUUAGAAGUGGUGGGGCGUGGAUUUUGAAAUCAAGAAUCAUGCUGUCAAGAUUUCUCAGCUAGGUCCCGGAUUUAAAGCUCUUAUUCCAGAAAAAUUGCUUCCAUUGUUCCAGUCUGUAUAGAGGAAAGGUUGGUUUUGAUGUCGCGGAAGCCCAACAUUUGAUGGAUGGGCUCGAUUGGCAAGGCGCUGUAAAGGAUAUAGAGGCCUCGGUUAACUGGCUUAAAGCAAAUGGUUCAAAGAAGGUUUGUUACCGUUAAUUUGUUUUGAAGAUGAUAUGAUGGAUAUGUUAAUUUCUUCACUAGUUUUUUAAUUUUGUAAUUUUAUGAUCAUUCCCUAGUUGACUUGAACCUACAAAAGCAUAAAUUAGCUUUAGUUUUAUGAUUUGAAGUAAAUUAGUUUGAAAUUUUUGGUGGUACUUAUGAAGAUAGUGGCUUUGGAUUAUCUGUCUAUGAUGGAGAUAUUAAAACCAUGAUUGUAAAAAUUGGACCAGAUUGAUCGGUUGAACCGGUUCAACUAGGAACUGGCAAUAAAAAUGAUUCAAUCCGCUACUUAUAAUCGCUAGAGAUAGAACUGCUUGAAAAUUGUCGAACCGGUCAAGAAUUGGUCGGUUGGACCGAAUCGGUAACCGGCCGAUUCGAAUGAAACGACACUGUUUUGUUUAUUUGUUUUAAGAAAUAAAAAAGGAAAAGCCAAAACCAUGCGGGAACCAAUACACCCCCCCUCCCUUCCCCAAAUCAUUCGUGCACUCCCUGGAGACCUCUGAAGCAAAGCAAAACCCUAGCCCUUCAUUGCCGCCGUCGUGCCCGAGGUCCUCAGCGCCGCCGCCGUCCCCAGGUCCUCAGCGCCGCCGCUUCUUCCUCUUCCCCGUGUCCGGAACUCAAGUAGCUCGUCACGUCGUCUUCAUCUUCGCUGGCUUCUCUGUUCGUGGCUUGGAGCAGCUCGCCGUCGUCUCGCCUAUCGCCUCGUCUCGCCGAUUGCCGUCCCUUCCUCCAUCGAAGUUUGUGUUGUAGAGUGUUGACCUGUUUGAAAGUUCACUUUAUUUUUCCGAUUCAAUUCAGGAAUUCAGCUGGUAAUGUAGCAACAGUGGCUGCUAGUGUUCCACAACAUCAGAUCCCUUUACAUUCCAUUGUUACUAAUCUUAUUUUAAGAUUUAUAUUAGACUAUAAUUAUAUUUUAGGAUGUUUAUUUAUAAUUUAUUUAUUAUUCUAUUCUAAAACGGUUUUUCCGGUUGAACCACCGGUUGGACCAGUUGGACUAGUGAACCAAUAAAUCAGUGACUAGAGCGGUUUGAUGACCGGUCCGGUUCUCAGAACUUGAUUGAAACACUUAAAGACUUAAUAAUGAUUAUGAUUUGUGAUGAGUUGCACCUUUGAUUAGUUGAGAACUUGUUAUUAAUCGUUUCUUUUGAUAGUAAAACAUUAUGUGUUUAUCAUUAUGUGCGUUAUGUUGUUUUUAGUUAUGAACUUUGAAGUUGUUUGUGAACUUCUAAUGUUAAAUUAUGGAUAAUUUAUUACGUGAAAUUUUAAAUUUUAUUAAGUUAGAAAUUAUUUAAUUUAUAUAUUUAAUAUUUAAUUAAACCGGUUAAGCUCUGGUCAAACCAUUAAACUAUUAAACCAGUGUCCUCACCGAUUUAUUGACCGGUCCGAUUCUCGCAACCUUGCCAAAAACCUAACACAUGAAAAAAAUAUUUUUUCUUCUAUUUUCUUUCUACUUAUCUCUUUUUCUCUCAUAUUCUUUUGUUCCAUCGGGCAUCAGCUAUCCAAACAGAGUGAAACCUCCAAUUUUACCCUUAUUCCCUUAAGUCUAUCCGCGAACACUCCUGUCUGCCCAGCCCCAGAUCUCCUCAGUCCUCACUCCUCAGACACAACCCCUCGUCCUUCAAUCUCCUCCGUCAUCCGCCGGACAGCAGCAGCCGCGGAGGCCCUAUCCCCUUUCCCUCCACCCUCCUCAACUCUCUGUCAGCCCUAUCCUCUCCCGCUCCCUUCGUCGUAGUCGCGCUCCCUCUCCGUCGCCCUCCACGCAGCAGCAGCCUCUGUGUCGUCCUCCACGCAGCAGUAUCCCGUGUUGUCCUCCAUGCAUCGCAGCGCACUCCAGCUGGCAGCCACUUCCGUGUCUUCGUCCUCUCCUUCCUGCACUCUGCCACAUCAUCAGCAUCAUCAAGAAUGGAGCCUUUGACUCAGUUUGAUAACAGUACAAGUGACAACAUUGGUGAAAAAGGAAGACCGAAAAACCAAAUCAAAUCAAUCCAAUUACAAUUGGUUUAGUUUGGUUUGGUUAGCCUUAGAUAAAAAACCAACCGAAUAUUUGUUCAAUGUAUUGGAUGGCCUUUCCUCUAACAACCGAACUAUACUGCACUGUGAACACCGGUACAUAAUAUUGCUUGUACCUGCUUUAUUUAAUUUAUUGAUUUAUUUCACAUGCUUGCACCUCCAGCUAGGAUUAGCCAUACCUUUCUGUAUCUUUUCUUUUCUUUUAAUCAUCUACAGUUUCGGCCUUUACUAAAACUCGGGUUUGGGCUCCACAUGAUAUGUUAUUGUUGUUGAAGCCCAACUCAUUCUCACAAGGUUCUGAAAUUCAAACACUUGGAAGUGUCUCACUAUAUAUUCUGUAUCUGGAAGUGUAAACUGUGAAGAGGAGAAAUCAUGUGUCAUAGUUACAAAGCUCUGGUUCUAAUUCAAAAAAUGGUGAAAGUGCCUCCAACAAAAGCACUUUCUUUGUUCAAUUCUUUAAACCAUCACCACACCCCUCAAUCUAUUUCCUUCAUUCUUAACCAUCUUCUCUCCUCUGCCAUGCUCUCCCAUGCCCAUUCACUUCUCCUCCGCCUCAUCUCCGGCAGAAUUUCCUCUCCUUUCUUCUCUCCAUCAUCACUCAUGCACCAACUCACACACACCCAGUUCAUUCAUAAUUCAACACAUACUCUUCUCUACGAGGCAAUCAUUAAUGCCUAUGUUCAUUCUCACUUACCUGAUCAAGCUCUCUGUUUCCUCAACCACAUGGUUCGUAAUGCCCAUUUUCCAACAUCAAACACCUUUAAUAACCUUUUGAUCUUGCUCCUUAGAUCUAAUUGUUUUGGUAAAGCAUGGCUGCUUUUCAAUGAAAUGAAGGGUAAGGUUGCUAUGGAUGUCUACAGUUUCGGGAUUAUGAUCAAGGGUUGCUGUGAAGUUGGUGACUUGAUCAAGAGUUUUCGGCUUUUGGCUUUGUUGAUUCGCAUGGGUUUCUCUCCAAAUGUUGUCUUAUACACUACCUUGAUUGAUGGUUGUUGCAAGAUUGGUUAUGUUCAUUUGGCAAAGAAGGUGUUUUGUAAGAUGGAGGGGUUGGGCUUAGUUCCCAAUCAGCACACUUAUAGUGUAUUGAUAAACGGGUUCUUCAAGCAUGGCCUUCAAAAGGAAGCAUUUCUAAUGUAUGAAAAUAUGAAGCAGAGAGGAACGGUGCCCAAUGUUUAUGCUUACAAUUGUAUCAUCAAAGAAUAUUGUAAGGAUGGGAAUGUAGAUAAGGCUUUUAAGGUGUUCGAUGAAAUGCGUGAGAAAGGUGUGGCAUAUGGUAUUGUAACGUAUAAUAUUUUGAUUGAUGGGUUGUGCAGAUUGAAGAAGCUUCAGGAAGCAGUAAAGUUGGUUGAUAAAGUGUAUCUUGUUGGCUUAACUCCUAAUUUAGUUACAUACAAUACACUAAUCAAUGGUUUUUGUGGCAUUGGAAAGAUGGACACUGCUGUUAGAUUAUUUAAUCAAUCAAAGGCAAUUGGACUAUCGCCAUCAUUGGUGACCUACAAUACUUUGAUUGCAGGGUAUUGUAAUAUUGGAAAUUUUGAUAGAGCUCUUAACAUGGUCAAGGAAAUGGAGGAGAGAAGCAUUGCUCCUUCCGAAGUGACUUAUACAAUCCUUAUUGAUGCUUUUGUACAAUUAAAUCAUAUGGACAAAGCAUUUGAAAUAAAGUCUUUAAUGGAGAAGUCUGGUUUGAAUUUAGAUGUUUUUACAUGUAGUAUCCUUUUGCAUGGGUUUUGUAUGAACGGUCAUAUGAAAGAAGCAUCAAAGCUCUUCAAAUCAUUGGGUGAGCUGCGCUUGGAACCAAACAGUGUCAUUUAUAAUAUCAUGAUUCAUGGUUAUUGCAAAGAAGAAAGCUCUUACAGGGCUCUUAGAUUACUCAAAGAAAUGAUUGACAAUGGAAUGGUUCCAAAUUUGGCUAGCUUUUGUUCAACCAUAGGGCUUCUUUGCAAGGAAGGAAAGUGGAAGGAAGCGGAGUUUCUCAUACAGAAGAUGAUAAAUUCAGGAUUGGAGCCCUCAGUUUCUUUGUACAAUAUGAUUUACCGAGCCAAAAGUGAAGUUCUGGUACAAUAGCCAUGAAAAUAAUAUAACAGAUUCAUAGCUUUACUUUAUCUUCCAUUCUGCUUCAUAUCAUAGUAUAAAUUAUGAUAAUUAAUCAAGCUCAUUUAAGAAUAUUUUUUAA